AUGGGCCUUCGAGGCUUACAAAUGGAGGAGACAGAGUCAUCAGCUACCCAGACAGAAUCUGAUGAUGACUUUGAAAUCUCGUAUGUGAUGGAACCCUUUGAAAGGCUCAACCCCAACCAGUGGCUCAUCUCUGCUACUAGUAGCCCCACCACUACGAGUCCUACUACGAGCAGUCAUAGCUUCAAUGUGACUCUGCAAGACGGCGCCAUGUUUGGCAACUCGUCGCUUCGCCUGGACUUUUCUUCUUCUACUGCAAGAAGAAUCCAAGUGGGAGUCUUGCAGCCAGAGACGCCUCACACGUGUCGAGAAGCGACCUAUAUGUCCCUCUGGUACAAGCAACUGACCCCCAUGGCCAACAACACCCAAGUCAGGCUCAUUCUAGUGGAUGACAAUGGGGAUCCCACCCAGUUCAACCGCAGUACCUACCCGAACCACAAUGCGACUCGGUCAUGGGAAUCUUACUAUGUUUCCAUUCCACUCUCCACCUCUGUCAAUGAGACAGACUGGCAGCAGCUCCAAGUGACGUUCGAUCAGUUCCAACCUCUUCAUGCACGAGGCAAUGGCGUGUUCGAUCUCCAUCGCUUGCGGGGUUGGAAGAUUGAGAUUUCACAGGCCAACAGCACUACCACCAGCACCAAGAGAAGUACACUGCUUGUAGACCAUCUCGCCUGUGUGGGAGGACCCGCCAUGAUGGGUGCCGGGCUGACUUCGUUUCCAAGUUGGGAACAAGCCAUUGACUCGGGUGCGUGGGACGAGAUAUGGUAUCAAUCCCCCAUGGCCGAGAACCAGAGUCAUGUGGCCCUCGACUACACGAAUGGGGCCCUCUCUUUGGAUUAUACAGUGGAAAUGGUCGAGUCCUGGGGUGGAUUCCUCAGUCUCGACAACAUGGCGGUUGGGCCCGCCUAUUACAAUCUUUCGCAAGCCAACACGUUGUCGUUGGGGUACAAAGUACGUCAACCUGCAUCCGUCCCCGGUCGCACCCAUUUACGCGUCAUGCUGGCCGAUGCCAGUGAUGUGCAUGUCUGUGCCCACACACAUCACUGCAACGACCAAACGGAAGAUUGGGAAUGGUGGUACUCGUUUCAUUACGUUCUGGACGAAGUCGCAGAUGCCUUUGGGGAGAUUCACAUGCCCCUCCGGGGCGGGACCAACUCGUCGGCGCCCUUUUGGUUGACCGGAUGGUCCGGUGGAAUUGGGAAUCGACAAUUCGACAAGGAAUACAUUAAAGGAUUUAAUAUUGAGAUUAGUAUGGAUUCGCAAGGGGAGUUGGGGUCGACCGUCAAUGGAUCCAUUGAUCUCUAUAACCUGACGGCGUACCAUCAGGACCAAUCGACUGCUCAGCAACAACAGCAAAUGGCAGUCCGAGAAACAGACAUUUCAUUUCAUUAUACCUCCCAAUUCCAAAAGAAAGAGUUUCAGAGCAGUCAAUGCGAAGCAACAUGUGCUGCCGAUCCGGAUUGUCGCUACGGAUUCUUCAUGGGCGCACAAUGCUACAUGGCCAGCUAUUUGGAAGCGACCGACAUUGGUAUCCCCAACACGCUCACGUUGCAACAAGAUCUGACGACUUUUUGGAUCGACGAUGCCACCAAGCGGGGAGACUUUUGCGACCUGUGCGAUUGCCAACCAUUCAAUCGCACCAUUGACUGUCGUGAUCGCAAUCUCGUGAUUCUUCCCAAAACAUUUCAAGAAGAAUGGACUCCGCUCUCGCUCGAUUUACGCAACAAUUCGAACCUCGUAUUCAUCGGAAAGGGAUCUUUGGAAGCGGUUGCUUCGUCGUUGCAAGAGAUUUGGCUUCCCGCAGAAAUGAGGCACAUUUCAUACCAGGCAUUGCAGCAACUUCCCCAGCUCACGGCCAUUCACACGCAAGCUGAUCAGCUGGCCACGGCAAUCAGCAGCGAUGAGCAAGGCAAGGGAGCAGCAGCUUUUGGCGACAUUUGCUGCUCGGUAGGAGAGCACUUGCCGCUGGCAGAGCCAUCGGGAGGACUCUCCUUUUGUAACAUGAAGGUGAAACAUCCGGGGGAUGAUGCCACAUACUAUCCCUUUGUCGAGUUUCCCGAUGGAGCCGUACAGUCCGAAGUGCGACCAAGUUCCCCAUUCAUGGCAGAAGCAGCCGAGAGUCCCGAGAAAUGUGCCGAGUAUUGUGCCAUUUCCAAAGAAUGCAACUUUUUUGGCUUUGACGGUCGGUUCAAAAACGCAGAACUCCUUUGUUACCUCUUUGAAACCAUGGGCAGUGGCCCCCAGAAAAUCUGUUGUGAAGAAGACCAUUUCGGGGAUGAAGACGGGACGAUUCCUGGUUGGACAUCAGGGUUACCGCCGAGAACUCGCCACACAAUGGACAAUGCCAAGGUCCUGAUUGAGCCACAAGCCAUUUCGAUCGAGACGUCUUAUGAAGGGUAUGGGGAAGCUUCCUUUGACCUGCAGUUGGGAUCCAGACCACAUCGAGGUGCUGUUUGGAUAGAGCCACAACUUGCCUCGUCCACACCCAUGGAGGUGACUUUUGAUCCUCCACGAGUCGUGUUGUACGAUGCCAACAGCACCGUCAGAGUGAAAGUGACUGUAGCCGCGGCUGACAUGUUGGGUACUGGGUCGACGUCGUUCGUGGUUCAAAACAAGAUCUCAUCCUGCGACAGCGCCUUUGUGGAAUACGCGGACGACAGCACAGCAACCCGCGAGACAACAAUAUUUGUUGACAUUGUGAUACCUGUGCUAGUAGAGCGGGAGACGGAAACAUCAGGAUGCUAUUUGGACAAUUAA